CCUACUCUCCCCUUUCAAGCCCUUUGAAAACCUUCUUCUCCUAAAUAAAACCACCAUUUUUGGAGCUUUUUUUAAAACAACAAGAAGCAAAUAUGGUUUGUACCUUAUUUACCUUGAAGAAGAAAUAUCAAGUCAAUUAGUAUCAUUUGUUUUCCCUUUACGUUAUUGGCUUAUUCUGCUUUGUGUGUGUGUGUGUGUGUUUUGAAGGUUGGUUGCAAGAUAAGUUUGAAGAAAAGAAGACGACCCGAGUGGCUGAAUUCGCUGUUGAGUAUCAAAUUCUUUGGUUCAUGUGGAGAUCAUCUCAACCUGCGGAAGAAUGAGAAGAACAUCUUUUGUGUGGAUUGUAACUUUGCGUUUUGCAAGCAUUGCAUGGAGGAUUCAGAGUCUUGUUCAUCCCCUCAUCGCCUUCAUGAAUGGUUCCAGAUUUGCAAAUAUGUCUAUCAUGAUGUUAUUCGCCUUCAAGACAUCCAGAAGCAUCUCGACUGUUCCAAAAUUCAAACAUACAAGAUCAAUGGAGAAAAAGCUAUACAUUUGCAUCCAAGACCACCUUCUAAAGACAUCAAAAUUGCUAAAUUGGUGAAGGCCGGUGCUUUAUGUGAAGCUUGCGGAAGGCAUCUUCAAGACUUGCCUAAUUGCUUUUGUUCCAUCCAAUGCAAAGUUUCAAUAAUGGAGAUAUUUAAAGAGCAAGAUAAUAGUGAAAAGAUUACGUUUCCUAACUCCAAAUUCGAUGACACAUCUUUAAAGCACGAUGCAGAAAACGAAGACCAGCCAAUUAUUUCUAAAUCUCAGUCUUCUAUAUGGUGGAAAUCUACACUAAAACCCAAUAAGGAAUUGCACUUGCACAAGAGGAAAGGUGUUCCUCAUAGAGCUCCCUUACUCUAAAGUACUGGUGGCAUUAAACUACUAUUGAUACACAAAAUCUUUUGACUUCAAAAAGGAAUAUCGAAAGCAGAAUAUACAUUUAUAUAUAUAUAUAGGAAAUUGGUUUCGAAUUGAAUUACCUAGUCGUCC